GGGACCCAGGCGGAGUGCGAUUUCAUAGCAAUAUUGGGAAAAGUUCCACUGUAGACCAUGCCUGUCCCUCCCCCUCCAGCUCCUCCGCCUCCCCCAACUCUUGCACUGGCAAAUACCGAAAAGCCUCCCUUAAACAGGUCUGAACAAGCAGGGCGAAAUGCUCUCUUAUCUGAUAUUAGCAAAGGAAAAAGGCUAAAAAAGGCUGUUACUAAUGAUAGAAGUGCCCCUGUCCUAGACCAACCCAAAGGAUCUGGUGGUGGCGGCGGCGGUGGUGGAGGAAGUGGCGGAGGAGGAGGUGGUGGUGGCGGUGGUGGCUACGGCGGAGGUGGACCACCUGGCUUAGGAGGCCUGUUUCAGUCAGGAAUGCCAAAGCUCAGAUCUGCAGCAAAUCGAGAUACAGAUUCUGGAGGAAACAGACCUCCCAUGCUGCCACCAGGAGCAAGAACAACAUCUGCCAAGCCUUUUUCACCUCCAGGUGCCACAGGGAGAUUUCCAGGGCCUUCUUUGGGGCAAAGAAGUACCCCUCCUGAACCACAGAGAAACCGAAUGCCACCUCCGAGACCUGAUUUUGGUUCCAAACCAGAUACAGGACCUCCUCCAGUGCCAAAUACUCCAAGACCCAUUCCAUCAGGUUUACACAACAGAGUAUCCCCUCCUGUGCCAGGAGCAAACAGGCAAACCAGCACAGGGCCUAUCCCUCCAUCUUUCCCAGGAAACAGAAAUACAGGAUUCGGAGGAUCUAUUCGCCAGUCGACUCCAAGUUCCUCACCUUCUUUCUCUAACAGACCUCCCCUUCCUCCUGCACCUGGCAAGUCAACAGAUGACAAGCCGCCGCCACCACCACCUCCAACAGGAAACAGGGCAUCCGUCAACCGGGAACCUUCCUUUCCACCUCCACCACCUCAAAACAGUAAACCUCCCGUUCCUUCCACACCUCGGCCACCCGCUGUCUCACAGGCUCCACCCCUGCCUCCAGGCAGACCAGGCUUACCUCCAGUUCCACCCAUUUCCAGUGGAAAUGAUGACAUGCCACGUCUUCCACAAAGGAAUCUCUCUCUAGGUUCUCUUGCUCCUCCCAGCUUGCCUGGGACAGGUCGAUCUGGCCCUCUUCCUCCCCCUCCAAAUGAGCGGCCUCCUCCUCCAGUAAGAGAUCCACCUAGCAGAUCAGGACCCCUUCCACCUCCUCCCCCUGUAAACAGAAAUGGCAGCAUUUCACGGGCAUUGCCUGCUACUCCACAGCUGCCUUCCAGGGCAGGAUUAGAAAACCAGAGAGGUGGACCAAGGCCUCCACUUCCUCCUGACAGACCUGGUUCCGGAGCUCCUCCACCACCACCUCCUGCACAAUCAUCGGCAAUCAGAAAUGGCUUCCAGGACUCGUCAUGUGAAGAUGAGUGGGAAAGCAGAUUUUCCUUCCAUCCGAUAUCUGACCUGCCACCUCCAGAGCCAUAUGUACCAAUGAACAAAAGUUACCCCAGUAAACUAGCAAGGAAUGAAAGCAGAGAUGGCUCUGGCCGAAGGGAAAGAGGUGUCCCACCGCUCCCACCUAUACCGAGGUGA